UUCCGCCGUGGCAGGGUCGCCAUGGCGCGGCGUCACGGCUGGCAGCUCCCCGGCGACACCCGGCAGGCGACUGCUAUAACGGGGUUCUUAUGGAUGUGUAUGGCAUUCUAUGCUUUCUUGUCUCCAUUUCUUUGGAAGGAGUUGUAUCAUGUCGCAGUCGGUGUUUAUAGUUUUCUGGCCUUAUCUGUACUGAUUCUGUACACUAGAUGUACUGCUAUUGAUCCUGCUGACUCGGGCAUCCUGAUGACCGUCAAUGGUGCACUAAUCUAUAAGUCAGAAGCAAACAUAGACACUCAAGAAGAAGCUGGCAGUCCAGGAUUGAGAACCAGCGAAGGAACCCAGAAGCAUAAAUCAUGUUUAGGAGCUGGUUGUUCCUGUUGUGCUAUUUUUGUGAAAGAGGAUUGUCGCAAACAAGAUGAAGCUUAUCAGCAAGAAGAUUAUGGUGAGGUGGUACUCCCUUGCAACCUUUGCAACACAGAGGUGCUAAAAAAUAGUAAACAUUGUGGAAGCUGUGACAAGUGCGUUGAUAGUUUUGAUCAUCAUUGCCGUUGGAUGAACAACUGUGUUGGAAGGAAAAACUACGCCACAUUUUUUUGCCUUUUGUUUAUGACACUUGGUUGGUUUGCAGUUGAGUGUGGGGUUGGCAUAGCUGUGUUUGUCCGUUGCUUCACCGAUAAAACAGCCAUUGAAGACAAGAUAGGGGAAAAGCUUGGUCAUGAUAUUUCAGGAGCACCCUUUGAAGUCAUUGUGGCCUUGGGUAUAGCUCUUUCUGGGCUAGGUUUCUGUUUUGUGGGGCAGCUGUUCAUCUUUCAUAUCUUAUUAAUCCGGAAGGGCAUCACAACUUAUGAGUAUAUGGUGGCAAUGAGGGCUGAGAGUGAGAGUGAAUCUCCUGGUCACAGCCUGGCAUCUUCUUCCAUGGGUUCUGCAGCGACUGCUUUCAGCGGGAGCUCACGACACUACAAAGGUGCAUGGUGCAGUCCAUCAGGCAUCCUCCUUGACCAGAAUUUUGGAAAGCACCUUCACAAAUCUUUGCUCAUGUGCUGA